AUGUCGUCCGUCAGAGCCCCCAAGCGCCGCAGGCUUACGCCGCCCCCCGAAGACGAAGAACCCAAGUCCCGCUCCUCCAAGAAGAUCCAGAAGCAAUUCUUCAAGAGCGCCGCCGGCUGGGACCUGGAGCAGGACUACGAGAACCGUAAACGCAAGGGCAGCAAGAAGGACAAGAAGGACAGCAACAGGCUACCCAUCAAGACCGCCGACGGCCGCCUCGAGCAGUACCGCUCCCUCGAGCCCGACAACGACGAUGCAGCCUCUGUGGAAAGCGACGGCGACUGGCUCGAGGGCAAGGAGGACGAGGAGGCCAUCGCCGAGGCCGAGGCUGAAGCUGAGAAGAUGCGCCAAAGUCGAAGAAAGGAAGAGGAGGAAUCCGAUCUGCCGGAGCACGUGCAAAUUAUCCAGGCAAAGGAAGAGCUCGCCAAGAUCGCGACGGCGCUGAACGAGGACCCCGAGGAGAAUGUGGGCGCCUUCAAGGCUCUCGCCAAGAUCGGCCAGUCGCGCAUUCAGACCAUCCAGAAGAUCGCCCUGGCCACCCAGCUCGCCGUGUACAAGGACGUUAUCCCGGGCUACCGCAUCCGCCCCGUCGCCGAAGACGCCCCCGUUGAGAAGUUGUCCAAGGAGGUCCGCAAGCUGCGCGCCUUCGAGCAGGCGCUCGUGUCCGGGUACCAAGUCUACAUCAAGGAGCUGGCCAAGUGGGCAAAGGCCGACAUACCCGCGACGCGCAAGACGGGGCAGAGCAUUUCGAGCGUGGCCAUCGCGUGCGCGUGCACGCUCGUCAACGCGGUACCGCACUUCAACUUCCGCAACGACCUGCUCAAGAUUCUCGUCAGCAAGCUCUCGAAGCGCAAGGUUGACGCCGACUUCGUCAAGUGCCGCAAGUCUCUCGAGACACUCUUCAAGGAGGACGAGGAGGGCCGCCCCGCCAUGGAGGCCGUCGCGCUGCUGGCCAAGAUGAUGAAGGCCCGCGACUUCUUCGUCGACGAGACCGUCCUCAACCUCUUCCUCCACCUGCGCCUACUGGACGAAUUCGCCGGAAAGGGUUCCCAGGACCGCGUGGACCACGAGAAGGACCCGGGCGCGCCGCCCCCGAGGAAGGCCUUCAAGAAGGAGUUCCGCACCAAGAAGCAGCGCAAGCAGAUCAAGGAGCAGAAGGCGAUCGAGAAGGACAUGCAGCAGGCCGACGCGCUGGUGAGCCACGAGGAGCGCGACCGCAUGCAGUCCGAGACGCUGAAGCUCGUCUUCGUGACGUACUUCCGCGUUCUCAAGCUGCGCGUCCCGCACCUGAUGGGCGCCGUGCUGGAGGGUCUGGCCAAGUACGCGCACCUGAUCAACCAGGACUUCUUCGGCGACCUCCUCGAGGCCCUGAAGGAUCUCAUCCGUCACGCUCAAGAAGAUGCCGAGGGUGACCUAGAGCCCGACGCCGAGGCAGAAGGGGAGGAGGACGACGACGAAGACGAAUCUGCACGCAACACGACCCGCGAGGCCCUCCUCUGCACGGUGACCGCCUUCGCCCUCCUGGCAGGCCAAGACGCGCACAAUUCCCGCUCCGAGCUGCACCUCGACCUCUCACACUUCGUGACGCACCUCUUUACCUCCAUGCCCCUCCUCUCUCUGAACCCGGACCUCGAGCUGACGUCCAAAUCGCUACACAUCCGCCCCGGCGCGACCAAGGACAACCGCGUCAACCUGCAGACCACGACCGUUUUGCUGCUGCGCUGUCUCACGGCCGUCCUCCUGCCCGCGUACCAGAUCCGCUCCGUCCCGCCGCUGCGCUUGGCCGCGUUCUCGAAGCAGCUCAUGUCUGCCUCGCUGCACACGCCGGACAAGUCCACGCAGGCGGUGCUGGCGCUGCUGCAGGACGUGGCGCACACGCACGGCAAGAAGAUCAGCGCGUUGUGGCGGACGGAGGAGAGGAAAGGCGACGGCAACUACAACGCGUUGAGUGACAGCGUGGAGGGAAGUAAUCCGUUUGCGACGACAGUGUGGGAGGGGGAGUUGCUGAGGAGGCAUUUCUCGCCAAAGGUCAGGGAGGGUGUCAAGAUACUAGAAAAGAGCAUUGGUAACGCAUAA